CGGUCGCUGGGCAGUACCAGCAGCACCAAAAGCGAGGAGUUACGAUGGUUCUCAUCAAGGAGUACCGUGUGGUUUUACCCUGUUCUGUUGAGGAGUAUCAAGUUGGGCAACUGUUUUCUGUGGCUGAAGCAAGUAAAAAUGAGACGGGUGGUGGUGAGGGCAUCGAGGUUCUCAAAAACGAACCCUAUGAAAAAGAUGGAGAGAAAGGACAGUAUACGCACAAAAUCUACCACCUAAAGAGUAAAGUCCCAGGGUUUGUCAAGCUCUUUGCCCCUGAAGGCUCCCUGAUAUUCCAUGAAAAAGCUUGGAAUGCCUACCCCUACUGCAGAACCAUUGUGACGAAUGAAUAUAUGAAAGACAGUUUCUUUAUUAAAAUUGAGACAUGGCACAAACCAGACCUUGGAACACAAGAAAAUGUGCACAAACUAGACGAAUCCACAUGGAAGAGUGUAUCUGUUGUGCCCAUUGACAUUGCAGACAGAAGUUAUGUGUCCAAUGCUGACUACAAACCAGAUGAGGAUCCCGCCAUAUUCAAAUCCGUUAAGACCGGCAGAGGACCUCUUGGGCCCUCCUGGAAGAAAGAGCUGGUUAGUAAACCCGAAUGCCCAAGGAUGUGUGCCUACAAACUAGUCACAGUCAAGUUCAAGUGGUGGGGCCUGCAGUCCAAAGUGGAGAACUUCAUCCACGAGCAAGAGAAGAGGAUCUUCACUAACUUCCACCGCCAACUCUUCUGUUGGAUUGAUAAGUGGGUGGAGCUGAAUAUGGAUGAUAUCCGGAGGAUGGAGGCAGAAACCCAGAAAGAGCUGGACGAACUUCGCAAACAGGGUGAAGUGCGAGGAACCAGCGCUGCAGACGAAUGAAAAGGCAAAGGAUUUUAAACACCCACGAUGACAGCAGUGAUGGAGACUGCUAAGAGGGCUCCGCUGGUGCCACUUUAUACCUUAACUGAUUCAGGCUGUGGAGGAGGGAGCAACUGCUACCUGCAAUCAAUAGAGCAGAUCCCUGAUUUGAACCCAAUCAUAGACAUUCUAUCCAGUGAGGAAUUGAUUUCUAGAAACCAACACGAUCCUAGCAGAUAAGACUCUGGUUAAUUUUGAUCUCCUGGGCAGUGAAAGGCCAGCUAUCAGCAUCAUGUUAUUGAGACCUAGCCUUCUGGAGAGAUAUGAAGAGGAGCAGUGUAUGUAUAUUUUUAUGAAAGCAAAAUCCAUCAGCCUAAUUCCGCAGUGAUAGGUGUUGGAUCAAAUAUUUCCUCUGUAUUAUUUACUUUUUUUUUUUUAAGCAUUGCCUCCAACACAUUCCUCACCAGAUGAUGCCCUGUAUGACCUCUCUUUGUCUCCUCCUUGGUCUUAACUGUACACACUGUGGCUCAGUGGUUUGCAUUCCCUGGCAUGAGACUGUUUGUCAUACUCAUGUUCCUUCCUGCCACAGCCUCCAUUAAGUGAUUACUAACACCCUUGGCGCCUUGGCCCAUUGUAAUCCUUCUCCCAUCGCCCCACCUUACCCAAAGCACUGCAUCUUAUUAACACUGACAAUCAUGCCUGUACAGGUAUUCACUCUCACUCUCAUGCAGACUUAAUAGAAACCCACACACACACACACACACACACACAUGCGUAUGACACAUACAUUGCGCACAUUGCGAAAAAAAAAAAGCAUGCAAAUUCACUCUUGCGCAUAUACACACACACUCCCAGGUGUGGAUACCUUUGCGCUGACUGAUCCCUUUAAAAGCUCAAGGUGGGCAGAUCCAUGCAGGCUUGUUCCUUUGGAUGUGUUUACAGCUCUCACUGACGCCCCACCCCCCAAUCCCCUCCACCCUCGCUAUUCUGAAGACAUUCACACAUAACAUACAACACAGCAUUCACCUCCCUAACAGAUGUCCCUAGAGGAAAAACUGCACUGAAAAACAGCCACAGAUGGUGCUACACCCCUCCAGCCUCUGUCACAAGCCAAACUGUACUGCACUCACCCAGCCCACCCCAGAGGCCUGUCUCACUCAUCUGGUUCUCAGAGGUAGACGCUUUCCAACAGGCCUCGUCUUCUGCUUCAUUCCAGCCGUGUUUACAGAUUUAUAAUUGCCUUAUCAGUGUCCAGUCAACACCAGCACCACGCACUGCUUGCCUUAAUCUCUGGACCUUUUAUACCUAUGAGACCUGUUACACCUAUCGUACCUCCGCUGCCAGCUAUUGCUCUAGCUACCUCCCUCAUUUCUGACUGGCAAUUUUCCUGAUGCCUAAGGGUUAGCAUUAGCUGUUAGCUGCUGCUUGUUAGGAGUAAAUCUUGGCAGACAGAGCUUUAUGAGCUAAGUUGUUUGUGAUGACUCUCAGUUUUCUUCAGGGCGUGGAACUGCAUACGAUUCCUUUUGUUUUUCCAGUGCGCGUCACAGCACCUGAGCAAGUGCAAUUCCUUCAGCAAGCAAAAUUGUGUUCGUUGCGGCUGUAACAGCCAGUGUGCACUUGUGUCACCGCAAAGGGCUGCAGAUUCACAUCGCUGCCUCUGACCAGCUGUUGGAUAGAUAUGCCAUAUUAAUGAGUCUUGACUCUCAACUCUAAAGCGCACUUUUGCAAUUUAGGCUUUAGAACCACACGUUAUCAACCUUCAGUGUUGAUUCUUUGUAGUGUUAAAAAAAAACAAGAAAAGCUUUUUAGAAAUGUUUUUGAAGACAAACAUAUAACAAAAUAUUCUUGGUGCAAAGAGUCUAAUGUUUUUAUUUCCUGUCAGUCUGAGGGAAAGUGAUCACUUCCCCAAUAAUGGAUUAUUGGCUUGUCCAAAGAGUGUAAAUGGAUUUCUGAUAUGUUUACAUGUGUUCAGCAAUUGUAGUUUAUUAUAGGAAAAUUAGGAAGCUGUUGUCUGAGGCGAUGUUUGUCAGUGACAAAAAUGCUCAGGUGAACAAUACAACACAAAGCUUUUUUCUUUUUCUUUUUUUUUUGGAUAUAGUUACUCAUCAGUUGCACCAAACAACUGAUGUCCUUUCUCAAUACCAUAUUCCUAAAUACAGCAUGCCAGUUUCAAUACGACACGAUGGUUGCGAUAUGGCUUAUUCCAUUUCUAUCACUGUAUAUGGGAGACAGCCACCUGGUCUUUGUUACUGUACUGGAAUUAUAAGCAUGCAAAAAUGUGGAACAGUUGGUCUACAGUGUAAUCAGUGUUUCCAAGUCAAUCUUAAUGAUUCCUGCUGUCUGUUGAACAGAGAACCCAAUGGCUUAAGACAAUGACUUCAAUCAGUUGUUUGCCAUAUGUCAAGACAACGAUAUUGGCGAGAGGAAGUAUUUACAAAGCAACUGUACAAUCUUAUCCUAAUUUAUGAAAUCCACAACUGUUUAAUUUCCUAAAGCUUGCUUUUUAAAAGGUUCUGAUCAGCUUUUGAAAAUCAGGGGACAUGGUAGUGAAUGUAUGAUAUAUUGUGCCUUUUCUUUCUGUAGAUCUUUUUGUGUGCCAUUAAGUCUACAUAUUGUUCCUAAGUAUAAAUAAAUUUUGUCUGGGAAAUAAAUUACA